CCCCACCGCCUCCGUGCUCCUCCGGUGGCCGCCAGCGCCAGGCCCGCAGUGAAGACCAGAACCUCGUUUUCCUCAGCACAGAUCUAAGCGGACACCGCCUCACUUUGGGACAACUUGAGGCUGCGUCAAUGAUCCUGGAAGUAUACUGUUAGUUUGUCUAUUUGGAAUCUUUCUUCUUUUGUGAGACCUCGUACUGUUGCUAUAUAAUUCAAUAUUGAAGCGAGAGAUUCUCCAGAGCUUGCCCAGAAGCCAAGAUGUCUGGAAAGGAUCUCAGCCUCUCUCAGCCUGCAGCUUGGGAAGAGUGAUUCACAGAGCCUGACUGCCCAUUGCUGCUAAUCUGCACACCGGCCUUGGCUCACACAUCUGACUGGAACUGUCUCCUGUGAGUAACUGCCUCUCUUUAUUCAGCCUUGCAAGUUUCCUGGGAGUGCUUCUAACAAGCGGACUUCACACAUAAAAGGGGACUCUGGGAGACCUAGUUCCUGGCUUCUCUUCUGGAAGUCAGGGAAGAGCACAGGAAAGAGUGGCCACAGUGCCCAACUGACAAUUGACAAUUUCACCAAGACAACUUGCCUUUGCUGAUUUUGAAGAGAGUUGUGCUAUGAUGUGGCAAAAGUAUCCAGGAAGCAGGCAGUCAAUUCCUCUGGGAAUAAAGGUCCUUUUCAGCGGUGUGUUCGGUGCUGGGGGCUUUGCCCUUGUGUAUUACCUCAUACAAAAGUUUCAUUCCAGGAGUUUAUAUUACAAGUUGGCAGUGGAGCAGCUGCAGAGCCAUCCCGAGGCACAGGAAGCUCUGGGCCCUCCUCUCAACAUCCAUUAUCUCAAGCUCACCGAUAGGGAAAACUUCGUGGACAUUGCUGAUGCCAAGUUGAAGAUUCCUGUCUCUGGAUCCAAGUCAGAGGGCCUUCUCUACGUCCACUCCUCCAGAGGUGGCCCCUUUCAGAGGUGGCACCUUGACGAGGUCUUUUUAGAGCUCAAGGAUGGUCAGCAGAUUCCUGUGUUCAAGCUCAGUGGGGAAAACGGUGACGAAGUGAAAAAGGAGUAGAGACGACCCAGAAGACCCAGCAGACCCAGCGUGCUUCUAGUCCAUCCUUCCCUCAUCUCUACCAUAUGCCCACUGGGGUGGUGGCCCAUCUGAGUGGCAGACACUCCUGCAACCCAGUUUUCCAGCCACCAGCGGGAUGAUUGUAUGUGCCAGCACAUGGUAAUUUUGGUAUAAUUCCAACUUGGUCACAACGAAUGCUAUUUGUCAUUUUUAAACUGAAUCCGAAAGAAACCCCUAUUACAAAUUUAAGAUAAUUGAUUUGAAAGUGCUUUGUAUAAAAAAGCAAAUGAUAAAAGGAAUCAGAAUUAAUGAAAUGUUUGUUGAUCUUUGCUGGUUCUCAUUUCUUUCCUUUCUCUUCCUCUUCCUUUCCCCUGGAAUUUUCAGUCUUCAUUACAAAGCCUGAAGCUCAGUAGUACUGAAGGGAUUUUUUCUAAAUUAUUGACAUGAGAAUGAUGAGGAAGACCAGUUUGGUUUUUCACUGUACCUUGAAUUCAUGUUGUUAAGUAGCUUGUGGACAUUCUCCAUCACUUUGGAAUAUUUUGUUUGCAUUUAUUUCUAUUUCAGAUACCAGCCAUCUGCCCAGUUGAAGAUUUGCAAAAUAAUUUUUAUUCCAAACAUUUUGAAAGCUUAGAAAAUUUGUGUGUGUACAUAUACACAUAAAGUUAACUUAGGAAAGUUAGUUUGAAGGUAACAGCAUCUGGCUGGGCGUGGUGGCUCAUGCCUAUAAUCCCAGCACUUUGGGAGGCCGAGGCAGGCGGAUCACCUGAGGUCAGGAGGCCUGGCCAACAUGGUGAAAUCUCGUCUCUACUGAAAAUACAAAAAAAUUAGCUGAGUGUGGUGGCAGGUGCCUGUAAUCCCAGCUACUUGGGAGGCUGAGGCAGGAGAAUUGCUUGAAUCCAGGAGGCAGAGGCUGCAGUGAGCCAAGAUUUCACCAUUGCACUCCAGCCUGGGCAACAAGGGCAAAACUCCGUCUCAGGAGAGAGGAAAAAAAAAAAAAAAAAAAAGGAAAGAAAAAGAAGGAAAAGGGAAGGAAAGGAAAAAGCUAACAGGUUCUUACCUAUCUGCUUUCCAAACAACUUAACUGCUUGUUAGAUAAUCGUAUCCUUAGGUUUUAUUAGUCUUAUAAGGAAACAUAAAGCAAAAGAACUUCCUUCUGGGCACCAGAGCCUACAAAAACAGAAAUCUGGUAUCUGUGCUUUGAAAAGGUCAGUUUAACCCUCAUUAGCACAUUGUAGUGUUGUCCGCAAUGAAGGACAGCCAUGAGCUCUCUUCCUACAUUCUUAAUAUUCAGUGAAGAGAAGCCUCUCAGAAAAAAAGAAAAAAAUGAGCUUAAACAUGCUGGUAGAAUAUGAGGUCUUCAGUUGUUACAAGUUAUCUCUAUUCUGGAGUUGUUUCUUUAAAAACAUGUUUGUGUGUUCUUUGAGUAGAUUAUACAGUGAAAAGUCUCCCCCUGAGAGCGCUUUUGUCAGUGUGUUUAGAUAAAUAUUCCAAUCUCUACAGUCUUUUAAAAUAAAUGGCAGAGCACUGUACAGUUUUGUGCCUUUGCUCUUUAAGUUACACACUGUC